CCCAUCUCCCAAUCCACAGACCAUCUUCCUUUCUCUCUCUCAUUCAUUUCUUGAUUCCAUGGCUGCCGAUGGAACUACUGUUGACCCUCCAAACAAUAGUCAAUGGAGGGAAAUGGAAGGAGAACCCAACUCCAAUAGCUAUGCUCUCAGCGGCAAAAUCAUGCUCGCCUCCAUUAUCGUCCUCUUCGUCGUCGUCGUUUUCCUGGUUCUCCUCCACCUCUACGCACGAUGGUAUCUCCUCCGCCUACAGCGGCGGAACAACAACCGUCGUCGUAAUCGCCAUAAUCGGUCUACCCGUAUCAUCUUCUACCUCGACCAAGAUAGAGGACCGGCUGUUCCCACCGGCGGGCUUGAUUCGUCUGUGUUGAAGUCACUUCCGUUGUUUAUGUACUCGUCGGAAACCGACGGAAACAUGCCGGAAUGUGCUGUUUGUUUGUCGGAGUUUGAAGAGGGUGAGAAGGGUCGGAUUUUACCGAAAUGUAAACAUAGUUUUCACACGGAGUGCAUUGACAUGUGGUUUCACAGUAACUCGACUUGCCCGCUUUGCCGGUCGCCGGUGGAGCCUGUUGAAUCGGAAAUGGCGAUAUUGAUUGACCAGCCGGAGUCUAUGCCCGAACCCGGUUCAAGUAAUUCGCUUAGCUCCCCGGUUCAACCUGAACAUGCAGGAACGAUGUCGUUGGCGGAUAGGAGGAAAGGGAUAGAUGUCAGAAUAGAUGUCCCCACCCGAAACGAGAUGGCGGCGGAUAACGAUUUCCGGCUACCGUCUCCGAGCCAGGGCUUCAGGUCACCUGCGAGCCGGUUAUUGGCUUUGAAGAGAAUACUAAGCAUGAGUAGAAAAUCACCGGCGGCGUCCCCAUCGUCAGGUGUCGGACCGAGUCGUUUACCGGUGGCCACCGAAUCAGAUCUCGAGUCAGCGACGCAAGAGUUAGCUCAUGAGUCAACUCGGCUAGAAGCCGAUAAUCUUAGAUAAAAUUACGAAAAAGGGUCAACUUGGCGGCUACCCUAGAAAAAACGAUGAACGGAAUAGAACCGUGAGAUCAGACACGUGUAAUAAUCUUAAGAGCAACAUGUAGGUCCAUGAGUCAUAUAUUCGGUUGUCCUUUUUUAGGGAAACGUAGAUGUGUAGAUAUUUAAUGGAUUUAUUAUUUUUUCUUUGAUAAUGACGUCAAUAUUGUGUAAAUUAUAACAUUUGGAUGGAAUACACAUCUAAAUCGAUUUAUGGUUAUUAAUU